UCAUCUAUUUCUUCAUUUGCAGUGUCAGUCCUGUUUGAAAUCAUGAAGAUCUGGAACACCACCUCAGAUUUCAUUCUCCUACAACUCUUUAACCACACAGGAGCCCACCUAUUUCUCUUUGUAAUAGUUCUGAUAAUCGCCUUCACCUCUCUAGUAGGCAAUGACCUCAUGCUCUUCCUGAUUCACCAGGAUGUCCAGCUCCACAUGCCCAUGUACCUCCUCCUGCGCCAGCUCUCCCUCAUGGAUAUGUUGCUGGUCUCCACCAUUGUGCCCAAAAUGGCAGCUGACUCCUUGAAUGGCCAGAAGUCUAUCUCCCCUGUUGGCUGUGGUUGGCAGAUCUUCUUCUUCAUCACAUUGGGAGGGGCUGAGUGCUUCCUCUUAGCAUCCAUGUCCUAUGACCGCUAUGUGGCUGUUUGCCACCCACUGAGAUACCCCAUUUUUAUAAGCUGGCAUUUAUGCCUGAGAUUGACUGUGGGGUCUUGGUUACUGGGGGCAACUGAUGGGCUUAUGCAAGUUGCUGUUGUCCUGAGCUUCCCAUUUUGUGGUGCAUAUGAAAUCAAUAAUUUCUUCCAUGAGGCCCCUACUCUGGUACAUUUGGCUUAUGCUGACACAGUUGUUUUGGAGCAUGUGCUGUACACCUGCUGUGUAUUAAUGCUUCUGGUCCCAUUUUCUCUCAUCCUGAUUUCCUGUAGCUUCAUCUUAGCUGCAGUUCUCCAGAUGCGUUCUAGAGAAGCCCACAAGAAGACCUUUGCCAGCUGCUCCUCACAUCUCUCUGUGGUGGGAAUCUUUUAUAGAGCUGGCAUUUUUACCUAUAUGCAACUCAAAUCUUACAGGCCAGCUAACAGUGAUAAAGUGGUUUCAGCCUUCUAUAUGCUCUUCACUUCUUUGUUGCACCCCCUUAUCUACAGUAGGAGGAACAAUGAAGUCAAGGGAGCCCUGAGAAAGUGUAUGGGUCAGUGUGCUGCCUUAAGUCAUGACCAAGAUUACAUCAAUUUGUCCCCAAUUUAA